AUGCCGGGCUUCGCAGAGUCUUUCUGGUCGACAGACUAUGCCGCCGGCCUCGGGGUCCUGUUUGGCAAGCUGCAGCAGGGCGUCCUCGAGAACCGGCAGAUAUUGACCAUCGCCCGCAUGCGAGCCGAAGCCGAAGAUCUCUACGGCACCAGGCUUAGCGACAUUGCGCCAGCUUCCGACCGAAUCCAAGGCGGCUUCGCUAGAGAUGAUGGUGCCACCGUCCGCAAGGCCUACGACGGCGUCCGAAUCGAGAUGGAAGAUGCGGCCCGAAGCCACAAGAAAAUUGCUCAGAGCAUCCGUGACCUCGUCGUGAACCCCUUCACUCGCUGGUGCGACGCCCACGAAUCUCGCAUUCAAGAUUCCCAAGACGAUCUGCAGACGCGCAUCAAGGCACACGACCGUCAGGCUGAGCUGGCCAAGAAGCUGCGGAGCAACUACUUUAACAAGUGUCGUCUCGUCGAAGAUAUCGAGGAGGAGAACAAACUCGCCUUCCAAGAUCCCGAAACGAGCCCUAAUGCUGUCACGGCCAGCAACAUCCCCGAGAUCAAAGUUUCCGAGAACAAGGAGCCCGAGAUUCCCGAAGAAGAUGAUGAGCCCAUUGAAAUUGGCGAUGAAGUCUAUCAACCUGAACAGAUGAAGAAGAUUCUCGCUCACAUGCUGAACACGAUCCCGCUGGGCGAGCACAAGGUGCCAAUUAUGGGAACCUACCAAAACACAUCGCCCGGCACCGACAUUGUCGAAUAUCUUCAGCGCAACAUGGGUACCACCAGCAUCAGCUACGCCGAGAGGAUUGGCCAGGAUCUGAUCUCUAACGGGUUUCUGCGACUAAUUGGCAACGUCGGCAACAGCUUCGCCAACAGUUCCAAGAUGAUGUAUCAGUGGAAGACCAAGGCUUUCCAGAUGGCGGGUGUACCGGAGAACAAGAAGACGCUUGGGAGGACAUUUUCCAUGCCAGGUUCCGACGGCGGCUCCGAUUCUCCCGUUGUAGGUACCGUCAGCGAAUAUCUCGCCAACUGGAACGUUCUCAACAACGCGCAUCCCAAUGAAACGCCGGCUGACCGCCUGCGCCGCGAGGCCCGCGAGGCUGACGACAAGUACAAGGCGGCCGUGCGCAAGCUCGACGAGCUUCGAUGCGACCUCGAGGAGAAUAUUUUCCUUCACCUCCGUUUCCUCGAGCGUUGCGAGCUAGACAGGCUCAAGGCUGUCAAGACUGUCGUUUUGGACUUUUCAGGCACCAUCAGCAACGUCAUCCCGACGCUUCAGUCGGCCGUCGACAACAUGAUGCUGUUCCAGGAGACGGUACAACCUGCCAGCGAUCUGCGCUACCUCUUGGAGAACUAUCGCACUGGCGGCUUCCACCCCAAGGUUGUUGUGUACGAGAAUUACUACAACAAGGUCGACGAGCAGACCUUUGGCGUGGAUCUCGAGGCUAGAGCUAAGGCGGAUAAGAAGCGCGUCCCCAUUGUCGUCACAACGCUCCUCACCUAUCUCGACAACCAAUACCCUGAACUAGAAGGCGACAAAACCAGGCGGGAUGUCUGGCUAGUGGACGUUCCGCUGACGCACACACAUAAGCUCCGCUCCAGAAUAAACGACGGCAAGCCGCUUUCGCCAGAAAUUCUCAGCGAGUUUGACAUACCGACCGUGGCCAGCUUGCUCAAGCUGUACCUCCUCGAACUUCCCGAUUCCCUCGUCUCCGCUCACAUGUAUGAGAUCGUCCGCCAGGUUUACACAGCACAGUCCGCACAAUCCGCAGAAACGUCAGAAGCCUCGAGGAUAUCUAUUCUUCAGCAGACACUCGCCCAGCUUCGUCUCACUAACAUUGCCACCCUCGACGCCUGCAUGAACCACUUCACCCGCCUCAUCGACCUUACCUCGGCUGACGAGGAGUAUGUAAACGCCCUCGCCACAACGCUCGCCCCCUGCAUCCUCCGCCCGCGCACCGAAACCUCCCUCACAAUGGAGGAGAAGCACGCCUACCGCCUCAUCCGCGACCUUUUCCAGUACAAGGAACCCAUCUUUACGGAGCUCAAGCGUAUGUCCGCCGGUAACUCACUCAACGCUGGUGGAGGCAGCAUUGGUGCCGGCGGCGGUGGCAACCGCCCUCGCGCGAUCAGUACCGACGAGAGCAAUCGCCGCGCCAACAUGGAGGAGCGGAAUAGGCUCCUGCUCGAGAAGGCUUCGGGUGGCCGCAGCCGCGCCACGUCGCCCGCUCCUGGCCCUCGCACAGGUCACCGCCGCGACCGUUCGGUUGGAGGCCCGGAGACCCGAUUCCCUAUCCAGACGAGCCCGACGUCGGCGUCGGACCGCCACCGCCAAUCUCUCGGCAGCAUCGCCAGCGCCACAGCCAACAGCUCUGCUGCCGUCGCCGCGGCGACCGCCAAGCGGGCCUCGCUCGAGGUGCCCGAACCCAACGGCGACGUGCCCCCUAGCCCGAGCCCGGCCGAGCACACGCCGCGCGGCCGCACGCAGGAGCGCCAGUCGAUGCCGGCCAACGGUGCGCCCGUCGGCGCCGUCGAGUCGAUGCUCUCCAAGAUUGAAGGCCUCAGCGACUCACCCAUUGAGAAGCGCAACAGCCUCGGCCGCACGGGAGCCCGCUUCGCAGGCGGUCGGCGCGUCACGGCUUCGUCAGGCGCGGGCAAUGCCGAGGUCAUCGCCCCCAGGGGCGUCACGCUCGAGGACAAGCCCAUGGACAACUGA